CGAUAAGUAAAACAUUAAAACAGUGCUACCAGAUGUUUGGCAGUAGCUGAGUUCCGAGAAGAUGGUAGUCGCUGCCACUGCUGCCGAUAUGGUUGGCACUAAAAGCAUGGUCAACAGUCAGAAAGAAUCAACCAACCCGACCACUCUUGAUGACGACGACUGUAUUGCGUUGGCAAAUUCCCACCUCACAAUUGGAUUGCAAAUACAAAAGCUAUCGAAGCGGUUGCAAAACACAACAGAGGAACUGCAUCAGCAGGUACGGGACAAGCACAGCGCACUCAUUCAGCAGGCUACACAUGCCGGUCGAUUCGAUGCUGCCCUUAGUGUACUCGCCGAUGAUGUGGAACGAGUUCGUGCUACGGGCCAUCGGUUGAAGAGUCAGGUGGACACCCAGUACCAGUUGGUGGAAAAUCAGACAAGGGUACUGGGACGUUUGCACGAUGUUUCGCAUCUGCUGCGUUCGGCGGGAACGCUACUUACAUUGACCGCAAAGCUGAAGAGCACAAAGGAUGUGCUGCGACAGGCCGAGCUUCAUUUUGAGCUGGGUCAGCUGAUUGAGGACACGGAGUUGAAGGACAUAGAGUUCAUACAACAGGAACGUGCAUUUGUAAUCAGCUCUAGACAAAAAAUAAGGAACCUAACGCAGAUGCAGUUGUUUGCAGGUCUAAAGGAACGUAACCAAACAAAGGUGGUGAAUUCCUUAAAGAUAUUUAUUAAUUUCAAUACGUUGGAAAAAUCGCUGGAUAAUCUAUUGACAACAUUUAUAACCGACAUGGAGCAGUCGCUGAAGGAAUGCUUUGCCGGCAACGACAUUUCAGUGCUGAAUAAAAGCGACGCUGGUCGGUCACCGACGCACAGCAGCAGCAGCAACUCGGUUAAAUCGGGGUCUGGAAGCGCAGCCAGGGGUCCCGGAAAAACACCUCAAUUGACUACUACCCAAAAUUUUCGGGCCAAGUUCUGGAAGUCGCUGCAUUGGCUGCUCUACGACGAGCUUUUCGAGAGUUGCACCCAAAUCAAGCUUCUCAAAACGGCAUUGGAGCAAAUCAACCAAUUUGGUUACACUUCAGAGUCGAGUGAGCAAUGCAUUCCACAACGUUUCUGGAAGCGAGUGCAGGAUCUGAUCCGAAAGUCCUUUGACGAGUGUCCACAACAUGUCACUCAAACGCUGCAGGAAGGCCUGUCCAAGCUAUUGACAUCAGCACGUGGCCUGGAGCAACGUUUGAAUAGCGAAUUCCAAUUCAACAACGAACUGUUUGCACCCCUAGAGGUGGGCUAUGUCAGCAAGUGCGCCGCCAAUUUGAAGGCCUGUCUGGCAGGGAUCGAUUUACCCGGCAACGAAACUGUUGACAAUUUCAUACGUGUGGCGUCGACGGAGCUCAGUGCGGCUCUGAUUGAUGCACGACUGACAAAUUCAAUAGCAAACGUGUUUAUAGCCUGUGGCAAGGAACUCUGCACUAAGCUGGAAGCGCAAAUUAAAUUGGGUGCGGACUCAAAGCAAGUCGUCGAUUUGCCAAACUUGCAACAACAGCAGAAUACGCAACUGGCCAAUGUUUUGUAUUACUAUAAAGAUUCCGUACGUCGCAUGCUGACUGAUUUAGAAAUUCAAUUUGAGAAGGCGCCGGGCAGCGCUAAGCAGAAUAUAGCGAAGUCAUUGGAGCAAGCCGAUUUGCUUAUUAGUACCAUAUUGCAGCAAAUUAUGGAAUCGAUUAUCACUGCCAUAAGCAUCAUAAUACUGAGCAUGCACCGCGAACCGGGCCUGAAUACUGAGAGAUUGUCCACCACAGGGCCGUCCAUGUAUAUGAAAGAGCUGCAGGAGUUUGUCUCACGCUCCUGGUCACAUCACAUUGAGCUCUAUGAUGACAAGCAGAUGACGACGAAAUGCGGCCACGAGCUGGCCAAGCGCUGCAUUGAGCUCUUCAUACACAAUGUUUGUAUUUUACGGCCACUUAGCAGUGCCGGUCGUCAGCGUUUGAAGCAGGAUUGUCUGUACAUGGAACAGGCUUUAAAGCCACUCUGCGUAAAUUUUGCAGAGCUGGGCAAGCCGGCACGCCUACUACGUGCCAUGUCGCUCUUAAUUGUUAAUAGUCCGCAAGAGCUAGUAAAGCAAACGGUCGGCGAAGACUCACUAGUGCCCAGUUACAUUGUUCUAUUGUUACUAUUUGGUCAUGCCAGUCCAGAGCUGCAGUCGCCCCACACCACAGCCAAUUGGACCAACGAACGUUUAAUCGAGUGGCUGGAUGGACACACAGCAGAGCGCGAAAAAUUGGAACUUAUUUCGGGCGCGCUUCAACGAUAUCGAGACAAUGCGCGGCGUAAGAAUAUACAGCAUUAUGAUGAAAUCUACCCCAUGAUGGUGGACUAUUUUGAGCAAGCGCUAAAAGCAAUUACAUAAUUGUCGAAAAUUAAAUUAUUAUUUGUUGUAUUGUAUCCUUAUCAAAUAAUAUUUGUGUUUCUGA